AUGACCGUGAUCUUUCUCAAUGCAAUAUGGAUUGGCAUCGAUAUUGAACUCAAUCAUGCAGACGUCCUUGCAGAAGCAGACGUCGGGUUCAUUCUGGCAGAGAACUUGUUUUGCUUCUUCUUCUCUGCAGAGCUCUUGAUUCGGUUCCUACUGUACACUCGAAAGGUGUAUGCGCUCAAAGACAUGUGGUUCCUCUUCGACCUCUUCCUCGUUGCCCUGAUGAUCGUUGAAACUUGGUGCAUGCCAUUGGUGCAUCUACUAUCCGCGUCUCCAGCUGGGGCUUCCACGGGUGGGCUCUCCGUUCUUCGAGUCGCACGGGUCAUGCGCGUGCUGCGUACAGCACGCAUGGCCCGCUUGGUGCGGCUGAUGCCAGAGCUGAUGAUCCUCGUGAAGGGUAUGAUGGUCGCUUUCCGCUCUGUGACACUUGGACUUCAAGAGUACUUCAAGCAUCUGUUCUUCACGCUUAUCCUGCUUCUGCUCGUCACGUACAUUUUUGCCGUGGCGUUCAUGCAGUUCAGCAGGGGCACAAAUCUGGAAAGAACCUUCUUCUCAUCCAUGGGUAUGGCUGUGGAAACCCUCAUCCUUGGGUGCGUCCUCACGGAUCAGGCGCAGGUCAUUCAGAGUGUUGGCGAGGAGAGCUGGGAGAUGGCGGCGCUACUGUUGGUGUUCAUUCUGGUGGGCUCCUUCACUGUGAUGAACAUGCUGCUAGGAGUGUUGGUUGAAGCCAUCAAAACGGUCUCAACCAUCGAGCGUGAACAGCUGGAAGUCGAUUUUGCCAAGCGUGUCCUUUGGGAGAUGAUUUCCAAAGGAGAGGCAGAUUCAGACGGAGACAACAAAAUUUCGGAGGAUGAGUACAUGAAUGUCUUGCGAAAGCCGGAGGCUGUGACCGCACUGACGAGCUUGGGGGUGGAUGUCGAGGCAGCUUUGGAUUACGGCAAGCUCCUGUUCGAAGAUGGGGAGCCCUUAACCUUCGGGGACUUCAUGCGCGGCAUUCUAACCCUUCGAGGCUCCAACCAGACGACCGUGAAGGACAUCGUGGACUUGCGCAAGUUCACAGCCGACGAAUUCUCGCAAGUUCACGAGCUCUUGGGCGGCCUUGCGCAAUAUGUGAUGUCACACACUGCUGGACAACUUGGUGCAUCUUGA